AUUUCAUGUAAUUUCAAGAAAUUCGAUCAACUGUAACUGCUGUUUAAUAAAAUGAUCGAGUGUAAAACGAAUAUUCACAUUUCGCUGGUUGUAUUACAAUUUGUGGUUUGCAUGUCAGUCUAUUUAUAUUUGUACGCAAACAUUUUUAAUAGAAUAUAUAAAUCCAUGGACUGGGAUGAUGAAGAAAACCCUCAGGCGGUUUGGAAAGAUAAGUUUGGGGCUAAUUUUUUACAUCCUCAAGUAAUCGAACAGUUUGGCAAAGAUAUAGAAAAAGGAGUUUUGGCCAAACGAUCAAAAACAGCAACUGCUUCAGCUGCAACUCAUCCAACUAGUACCAACAGAAAAUCUGAGGUUGAUGAAUGUACUCAUAAAAAAUUGACGCUGCUAGAAAAAUUUCAGUGUGAUAUAAUUGCAAACAACUCUAAAACCAUUGCUUACACUUUUUACUACAUGGAGUGAUAGUCCGGAAAAAUAUUUAGUUCAUAACUUAACGUUACAUAAUUGGGUGAUGUUGCGUCCAUUCAUAAUACCUGUGGUAUUUACAAAUGAGACUUUAGUCGCUAAAGAGUGUGCGAGAAAAGGGUUCGAGACAAUGCAUAUAAGUACUGCAGCUGCAGGGGGUAUUCCGGUUUUAAAAUAUAUGUACAGAGAUGCGAUUAAAAAAUAUAAUUCUACGUUCUACGCGUACAGUAACGGAGACAUUUUGUAUACUGAAACGCUUAUUGACACUUUACUACUGAUGAAAUAUUCCACAAUUAACUUACACAAGCCUGUUUUAAUCGUUGGACAAAGAAGUAACGUUAACAACGUCACUGAAUUUGAAGGAUCUACUUUUGGCAGUAUCACAAGAUUAGCGGAGGAACGCGGCAAACUUUUCACAUUUUGGGCAGAAGAUUAUUUUAUUACGACACGCUCAUUUCCAUGGCAGGAAAUAGCUGAAGUUGUAAUAGGACGUAGGGCAUACGAUAACUGGUUAGUGUAUUAUGCUAGAAAAUCAAAAUAUAAUGUGAUAGAUGCAACAAAAACAAUAUUGGCUGUUCAUCAGACGACAAAAGCAGGUAAUCAUGAAGGUCAUGGUAAAACAAAUAAGGAUUUUAAUCAUCACUUACUUGUGAAACUUUAUAAGCGUGUUAAAUAUAACGCAGGAAUUACAGCAUGCAUAGAAAAAUAUACAAAUUACGACAACUGUGUUAUAGCUGUUAAGUCGAGGACAGUCAGCAAAUCAUGCGCUAUUUCAUUUUAAUUUUUCAAAUCAGUCAUUAUGAGGUGAAGGAGGAAUAUUUGUAAGGCAAAAUGUUCCUUUUUGUUCUGUAUCUAUACUUCCCAUUACUUGACACAUACUUAGAAUAGAACAUUUACAGACAGUGAAUCAUUCAGAUUAUUAGAGAAGAAGUUAUGUUAGUGUUUGCAGAGAAAUAUUUGGUUAUUGUUAAAAUCUUUAUUCAAUCGUUUCCUUUGUAAACAAAUUAAUAGAAAGAGUUUUUACCACACACACAUAGGUUAUAAUGUUACGUAUCUUACGAUUUCCUCCCUUCAAAGACAUAAUUUAUAAAAGGUUUUUUUUACAAUGGACCAAGAGUAUUAUUAACCUUAGCAUUCACUUUUUUACUCAAUUCUCUCUAGAUCUGAAUUAUUACACUGAAUAUUGUGCAUUUGAAUAAGAUUAAGACU